AUGCUUCGCGAAGAAACGGACGAAAGGGUUGAUUAUAGAGCGGCCAAAGCCGACGGCCGCGUGAUAAAUAAUCACCGCAAGGGAUUAAAUUAUCUUCAUCUCGUUCGAAAGUAUUCGGACAACGAAAGCAGAGUGCAGAAAAGAAAGGAAAUCUCUAGCGAGGCUACGGAGGACGAGGCGGAAGAUGAAGAACGGAGAGCCGACGAAGACCGGAGUGAGGAGGAUGAUACAAAAGUUCAGAAAGUAAAUGCAAACCAAGAAAAAGAAGAAGCGAACGAAAACGAGCAGGAAGCUGCGCAGAUUGGGCAGUGCGCGAUUUGUCACAUUAUCAUCGACGACGCGAAUCUCGGUGGAAGCGUCACCGAUUCUGAGCAGGAUCCACGCUGGUCCGAGGGCUAUUUGUUGUGUCAACGUUGCGUACGAAACUUUUCAAUUCAAACAGAUACGGAGCCCCCUCAGCCUCAAAGAUCGCACGCGAGUUUCUUCCAGGGCAGAGGCAACGAUCAUGGCGAUCGCCUACGUUUGAGGACGUGCAACCCGCGUCGCGAUCAGUGGGCUUGCAACUUCAAUAAGACGACGCCCGUCGAGGCGAAUAACGAGACUUUAGAUUGCGAAUCGGACGUUUCGUACGUCGCCGGUCGCGAUCGAGGCAAUUCGCGACGGGAGGAGCAAACGAAAAGCUGCGGGAGACAGUGUCAACAGCAACACAGCUAUUGCAAUCUGAUGACGAGGAGAAACAGCGCAGCGGAUCGAUACACUUCCGAGAUUAAGGUCAAAAGUUCCUCCUCCGUCGACUGCUCCCGUAGACCCAUACGUUGCCCACGCCUAGACUGCUCGGUGAACGUCGCCUUCUCAGCGCUCACCCAUCACUUCCUCUUCGACCAUCCCGAGGUGCCUAUUCUCAGCGUUGAGCCCGGCGCCGAGAGCACGCUCAUCGUCAGCUACGGAGCUCUCUCUUGCAAUUCCAGUCGAUGUCUAGCUCUCUUACUGGUGUCCGGAAAGCUCUCAGAUUCCUCAGCGAGACUGUUCGGUGGCAUUCAAAUAAAUCCCAAGUAUCGGAAUCGGUUGCCUCUGCCGGUGUUGGCAGCGCGUUUGCACAGCAGUCGUAAUUACGCGUGUUGCAAGGAAGUGCACGCCGGCGGAGAAGGUCAGGGUGAGAAAGACAUGAUCAUCGCCUGGGUAGCGGGAUUAGACGUCGGCGAUACAGCUGACAGACUUCGAUGUAGCAUCCAGGCCGUCGACAGCAUCGAAAACGGGGGAUUCCGAUCGCUUACGUACACGGGCCCUGUGACCUCCCUGAGAGCCGCCCAAUGUCCACGUGACGUCUUCUUAGCUGGCGACUGUAUAGUUCUCCACGAGGGAUUGAUCAGCCAUAUCACUUCCGGCUGUACCAGUCUCAAUGUAAAUGUUAUUGUACACUAAACUUGUUAACACGUAUAUAUAUCCUUGUCUUAAGUAACUGUCUUGAAAAUGUAAGUCCAUCCAAUAUAAAUUGCAAGGAAC